AUGGAGGUAGCGCCCCUGUGCAUGAGCGGCGCCACCUACUUGAUAGCACGCACUCGGCGGCCAAUGGCCGGCAGGAUUCCGUCAACGGCGCCUGCUGUAGUCACUAUCCUGCUCGUGGCGUUCGUCGGCGCGCAAUUCGCGCCGAGAGCGGCGGCGCAAGAUGCUGAACCGUGCAUCGCAUCAACUAUUAAAGGGUACAACAUCGCGGUGCAGCUGGGCAGCAACUUUCUCCACUGGAUGACACCCAACUCAACCACACUCAACCUCCUCCUGGAGUCCACAUCACCUGGCUGGGCGGCAGUGGGGUGGUCAGCGGACGGUAGAAUGGCCGGCAGUGACGCAGUGGUGGGCAACACAGCCAAUCCGACCACUGUGCAAGCUUACACGCUUAGUUCUACCUUCCUAGGCGGUCAGAACCCGACCACUUCUUUUGAGCUUGGCAACACGUCUGUGACAGCCAACGGCGACUCGACUUAUAUCAAGUUUUCUCGCACGGAGGGCACAGGGGACGUGCCUGUGAAGCUGUCUGGCGCCUCUGCAAUCAUCUAUGCGUCCUCACCAGAUGGCUCCAAUACUCUAUUCUACCACGGCCCCUUGAGGGGAUCAGCGGUUGUUGAUUUCUCCUGCAAGUUCUUCUCCCACCCAGCCGUUGCUCUCGCUCCCAUCCAGCCGUAUCCUCUCCCUCACUACCGGCCGUCUCCAUCCACCCUGCCAUCUCCUCUCCCUUACCUCCCCGCCGUCGCCUCUCCCUCCUCCCCGCCAUCACCUCUCCUCCUCCCCGCCGUCGCCUCUCCUCCUCCCCGCCGUCGCCUCUCCUCCUCCCCGCCGUCGUCUCCUCUCCUCCUCCCCGCCGUCGCCUCUCCUCCUCCCCGCCGUCGCCUCUCCCUUACCUCCCCGCCGUCGCCUCUCCCUCCUCCCCGCCGUCGCCUCUCCCUCCUCCCCGCCAUCGCCUCUCCUCCUCCCCGCCGUCGCCUCUCCUCCUCCCCGCCGUCGCCUCUCCUCCUCCCCGUCGCCUUCUCUCCUCCUCCCCGCCGUCGCCUCUCCCUCUUCCCCGCCGUCGCCUCUCCCUUACCUCCCCGCCGUCGCCUCUCCCUCCUCCCCGCCGUCGCCUCUCCCUCCUCCCCGCCGUCGCCUCUCCUCCUCCCCGCCAUCGCCUCUCCUCCUCCCCGCCGUCGCCUCUCCUCCUCCCCGCCGUCGCCUCUCCUCCUCCCCGCCGUCGCCUCUCCUCCUCCCCGCCGUCGCCUCUCCCUCCCUCCCGCCGUCGCCUCUCCCUCCUCCCCGCCAUCGCCUCUCCCUCCUCCCUGGCGUCGCCUCUGGCGACACGUGCACGAGCGCAAGCGCGAGUUGGUGCGCGAGGGCGGGUCGGUGCGCGAGCUCGGGUGGGUGCGCGAGCGCUGUUUGGUGCGCGUGCGCGGGUUGGUGCCAGCGAGGGUUGUUUUUUGA